AUGGCAACGGCUACUUUCUUCUUCUUCGUCUGCUUCAUCAUAACAACAAUGGCUAUUUGCUUCUCAUCCACCACCGCCUUAACGUCCGCUCUACAAUCCGAGGAGAUCCAAGCGUUAACGUCCUUUAAGCUUAACCUCCACGACCCGCUCGGCGCUCUCGACGGCUGGGAUGCGUCCACGCCAUCGGCCCCCUGCGACUGGCGUGGCGUCGUCUGUUACAACAACCGUGUUCACGAGCUCCGCUUGCCUCGUCUCCACCUCGGCGGCCGCCUCACUCACCACCUCUCCACCCUCCGUGACCUCCGCAAGCUAAGCCUCCACACCAACAACUUCAACGGCUCCAUACCUGCCUCUCUCUCCCAAUGCGCUCUCCUUCGCGCUCUUUACUUGCACGACAACUCGCUCUCCGGGACUCUCCCCGCGGCGAUUCUCAACCUCACGAACCUCCAAAUCCUCAAUGUCGCUCACAACUUCCUCUCCGGCAAAAUCUCCUCCGACCUUCCGGCAACCCUCCGGUACAUUGACCUUUCGUCGAACACAUUCUCCGGCGACAUUCCGUCCAACUUCUCCGCCGACUCGAACCUCCAGCUCAUCAAUCUCUCAUUCAAUCAGUUUUCCGGCGGAGUUCCGGCGAACAUCGGAGCCCUUCAGAACCUUCAAUACCUGUGGCUGGACUCGAACCAGUUGUACGGAACGCUGCCCUCGGCGAUUUCCAACUGCUCCUCGCUCGUACAUUUAAGCGCGGACGACAACGAGCUUAGAGGUUUGGUUCCGACGACGAUCGGAGCAAUGCCGAAGCUUCAGGUGGUGUCGCUGUCACGGAACGAGUUGUCAGGGUCGGUCCCCGCGUCUUUGCUGUGCAAUAUUGCCAACUACGACUCCUCGCUCAGAAUCGUGGAGCUUGGCUUCAAUGCGCUCACGAGCAUUGCUAAGCCGCCAAAUAUCGCAAGGUGCUCGAGCGUUUUGGGGGUCCUGGACCUCAAAUCUAAUCGCAUACGGGGCCCAUUUCCAUCUUGGUUAACAAACGUGACAACAAUUAUAAGAGUAUUAGAUCUUUCUGGAAACUUGUUUUCAGGUGCAUUUCCUGCUGAAAUUGGCAAUCUUUUGCGGUUGGAAGAAGUGAGGUUGGCCAAUAACUCGCUGAGUGGUGAGCUUCCUGGUGGGAUUGUAAAAUGCAGUUUGCUACAGGUUCUUGAUGUUGAAGGAAACAGAUUUUGGGGUCAAGUUCCUUCCUUUUUGGGAGGAAUUAGAAGCUUGAAGGUGUUAUCUUUGGGCGGGAAUAUUUUCGCCGGUGCCAUUCCGUCGAGUUUGGGGGCACUUUCGGAGCUCGAAUUGUUGAAUUUGAGCAACAAUAAUCUGACUGGCAAAGUUCCAGAUGAGCUCGUGAUGCAGCUAACCAACUUGACUAUUUUGAACCUGAGCAAUAACAAGUUUUCUGGUGAGAUUAACGUUGGGGAGAUGAGGAGCUUGCAGAUUUUAAAUUUGAGCAACUGUGGGUUUUCUGGAGGCGUUCCUGCGACUAUUGGAGGUUUGAUGAAGCUUGAAACACUGGAUUUGAGUAAGCAAAAGCUUUAUGGGGAGAUGCCGAUUGAGAUUUUUGGGUUGCCGAGUUUAAAAGUGGUUGCUCUGCAAGAAAAUCACUUGUCUGGGGAUGUUCCUCAAGGUUUUAGUAGUUUGAUUAGUUUGCUCUAUCUAAACCUCUCCUCCAAUGCCUUUGCUGGUGAUAUUCCUGCAACUUAUGGAUUUCUCAAGUCAUUAAGUGUUCUAUCUUUGUCCGAAAAUCGUAUUUCCGGUGCGAUCCCACAAGAGCUUGGUGAUAGUUUGAGUCUUCAAGUACUUGAACUUCGUUCGAAUCAAUUAAGGGGCAAAAUUCCAGGUGAUAUCUCUCGCCUAUCUAAUUUGAAAGAGCUGGAUUUGGGUGAUAAUAAAUUGACAGGUGAAAUCCCAGAGGAGAUUUCCAAAUGCUCUUCUCUAACUUCUCUGUUGUUAGAUGGGAACCAACUUUCAGGUCACAUACCAAACUCGUUACCUAAGUUAUUGAACCUUACAGUGUUAGAUCUUUCCUCUAACAAGUUGAGUGGGGCCAUCCCGGAAAAUCUCUGGCUCAUCAUCCCUCACUUGAAGUACUUGAAUGUGUCUAACAAUAACCUUGCUGGUGAGAUUCCGAAGCCACUGGGGUCUCAGUUCAAUGAUCCUUCUGUGUUUGCAAUGAACAGGAAUUUAUGUGGGAAGCCGUUGGAUAGAGAAUGUGCAGAUGUGAGGAGGAGAAAAAGGAACAGGUUGAUUUUAUUAAUUGGGGUGGCUGUGGGUGGAGCUUGCCUUCUGGCAUUGUGCUGUUGUGGCUAUGUCUACAGCCUCUUGCGAUGGCGUAAAAAGCUUAGAGAAAUGGUGGGUGGCGGGCAGAAGAAGCGCAACAGCCCUCGAACAAGCUCAGGAGGAGACCAAAGGAGUCGGGGAAGUGGCGAAAAUGGAGGGGGGCCGAAACUUGUGAUGUUCAAUAGCAAGAUCACAUAUGCAGAGGCAUUAGAAGCAACAAGACAAUUCGAUGAGGAAAAUGUGUUAAGCAGGGGAAGAUAUGGGCUGGUAUUCAAGGCCACAUUCCAAGAUGGAAUGGUGCUUUCGAUUAGACGCCUUCCUGAUGGUUUCCUUGAUGUAGGCGGUUUCCGCAAAGAAGCUGAAGCUCUUGGCAAGGUGAAGCAUCGGAACCUAACAGUUCUGCGUGGCUAUUAUGCAGGCCCUCCUGAUGUGAGGCUCCUGGUAUACGAUUACAUGCCUAAUGGAAACCUAGGCACUCUUCUUCAAGAGGCCUCUCACCAAGAUGGGCAUGUACUAAAUUGGCCAAUGCGUCACCUCAUUGCACUUGGCAUUGCUCGUGGAUUAGCUUUCCUGCAUUCUGUCUCAAUCGUACAUGGUGAUGUGAAGCCGCAAAACGUUCUUUUCGACGCUGAUUUCGAAGCCCAUUUGUCUGAAUUUGGUCUAGACCGGCUAACCAUAGCCACACCAGCAGAAGCCUCCUCAUCUUCUACACCAAUCGGGUCCUUAGGCUACGUGUCCCCUGAAGCUGCAUUGACCGGUGAAGCGACGAAAGAAGCCGAUGUCUACAGUUAUGGGAUUGUGUUGUUGGAGAUAUUAACUGGGAGGAAGCCGGUGAUGUUUACUGAGGAAGAUGAAGAUAUUGUGAAAUGGGUGAAGAGGCAAUUGCAGAGAGGUCAAGUUUCAGAGCUGCUGGAGCCAGGGCUGCUUGAGCUAGACCCUGAAUCAUCGGACUGGGAAGAGUUCUUGCUGGGAGUGAAGGUGGGGCUUCUCUGCACGGCUCCUGAUCCGCAUGAUAGACCAUCCAUUGCUGACGUCGUCUUCAUGCUCGAAGGUUGCAGAGUCGGCCCUGACAUCCCGUCCUCAGCCGAUCCAACCUCACUGCCUUCACCAGUCUAA